AUUCGAUUGAUCGAUUGUGUGAAUUCUUGAAUUGUCAAGCAAAAAAAAGAAAGAAAUCUUUUAUUCAAUUUUAUAUUAUUAAAUUUAAUUAAAUGUUUUAUUCUACUUUUGUGUCAAUUUGCUUCUGAUUAUCACCAUUUUAUCUGUUACUAUCCACUGCAAUCCACAAUUGUUAUUUAAUCAUUUAUCCUAGUUUUGUUGGUGUAUUUUCAUUAUUAUCAUUUUUACAAUCAUGUAGCUUCUUUUUGUUUUGACUUGUAAGCCUCAAGAUUUAGCUGUUUAAUUUAUUUACCGUUUCUUCUUUCAUUCAUCUGAGAGAAUUAAAAUUAUGACAAGUCCUAGAGCUUCCUCGAGGUCGCCAAUUUUAUCUGCUGGUAAACUGGGAUCAACUGCAAACAUAUCAUCAACUUAUCCUCUUCCACCGGCUAACCUAAUCGAGCUAUAUUCAGAAGAAAAUGUUGCUAAAGGACGCAAUCCAGAUCCACCCAAACCUAUCGUUGAUGGUAGUUACAAUAUGUUUGGUGUUCUAAUUAACAAUGAUGAUGCUAUCAUCAGACCUCUCGAGACCCGUGGAAUCAAACGUCUUUAUCCAAGAGAAUAUGACCACAAAAGGGAAUUAAAGAAGAUGAAUUCUUCCAUCCUUGUGAAUUUCCUCGAUCUUCUAGAUGUAAUCAUAAAGUGUCCAGAUACUAAUAAGCGAGAAGAAAAAUGCUCUGAUAUUGCCAUGUUAUUUCUUCAAAUGCAUCAUCUUAUCAAUGAAUUGAGGCCCUACCAAGCAAGAGAAACAUUGAGAGUUACUCUUCAGCACCAGAGGAGACAACGUAUUGAGAUAAUUAAUCGACUUAACAGACAGAUCGACAAAGUUGUUGAGAUGAUAGUCAACUCCACCUCAAAUAUUCCUGACCUGCCCGAUUUAAAAGCUGCUCUCGGACAGUUGCUUUAUUUCAAUAAAUCAGCUAACCAGAAUGGAAAAGAUACUAGUAAAGAAGCUAAUGUGAAAGACUUAUCGGACCCAAGUACCAAUCAAAUAGAUGAAUUUGACUCAUUGAUGUGUGAUAUCGUCGAUCAAAUUCCACAAGUAUAAGAUGAAUUGAUCAUGCAAAAUUAUUUGUAAUGUAUUUAAAAGAAAUAAUGAAAGUGAAUGACGAGAUCAAAUAAAUAAAAGAGAUAUUUCUUGCAUGAAAAACAGA